AAGCAAAAUCACGCUGUAGUACAUCCACGAUCACACAUUCGUCCCUUCCCUCCCCCAGCCAGUCUCACUUUUAAGUCUUUUAAACUUCUCUUUAAGGAUUGCAGCGUCUAAAAGUUCUAGCAGGAGAACUUAAACAGAUUUGAAUUUUAAUAGUAAGGACUAUUUUGAGUCGUAAUAAAGAAAGACUCAAAGGACUUUGAGGCUCGAACUGAAGGAAAAAUAUGGGGCUAAAAGCACUUCCCCUGUCACCCUCUCAGAAUGGGUUCCUGGGUAAUGCAGCGGUUGCGCCAAAAUUCUUCAGAUACCAUUCUAGCAGAAGCUGCAACUUCAUUGCUGUUUCCGCCAAGAAUGAGAGCGCUAGCACCGAAGAAGAAGCGGGCAACACAGAGAAGAAGCAGUCGCUGUUUUCAAGUGUGACAGAAGCUCUGGACUUUUCUCAGGUCCGAUCAGCUAAGGAUGCCGAGCUCUUGGAAGAAGCUAGCGAAUCUACGCGCUCAGGUGGACGCAUGAGUAGGGAACAGUAUGGGGCUCUUAGAAGGAAAAUCGGUGGAACAUACAAAGAUUUCUUCAAAUCCUAUAUUGAAGUGGAUGGACAAUACGUUGACGAAGGAUGGGUUGACAAAACAUGCAAAGUUUGCAAGAAAGAUACCAGGGGUGAACCAAGGCAAGUGGAUAAAUUCGGGAGAUACGUUCAUGUAGAAUGUCUUGAGAAGUCCAAGUCCGGAAAUUUUUUCACAAGGCUCUUCUCCAGCUGACUUCUGGAAGAGGCACAUCACCCUCAAGAUUGCCCCCUCCUCCUGGGCUUAGGUUUUGAUUAACCUAUUUCCAUAUGGACACAAUAGUUGUACGCUUCGUAUAUUGAAAUCGCAGUUCAGGCAUGUUUGAGUGAAAUCAGCUCCUAAACAUUUGUUUUUUCCCUUCUAAUUUUGGUGGGCUCUGCAUGGGUUGAGGCUGGAUGAACUUCUUAAGCAUUUUGUAAGUUUCAUUUUUGUGUGGAGUAUCUAUGGAGUCCAAACUUACUCUAAUAAUUUUAGAUUCUUCACUCA